UGCACAGAUACUCAGGGGCGCGGGGACUCGCUGGAGUCUAAGCAGCGCUUUGCGUCAGUCGCGGAGAAUCAUCUGUGUCGCUCGCGAGGCAUGCGUUCUCCUGGUCUGCCUUUGCUCCUUCUUCGAGACUCGGCCUAGCGUCGCAUCGUCUCUUCCUCAGCAAAGAGCAAGCGAACGCCGGAGACAGCCGUCGCGUGCUCGUGGGCUGUCUCGUCCUGGGAUGGAGAAAGGCGUCUCCAGGUCGGCGAUUCUUCAGAAGUCUGCGGCCUUCAGGCGUGCCCUCCCUAUUCUCCUCAACACUUCAUUUUUCUGCUGUGAACGCGCUACUGGCCUGGGCAGCACAGCCUUGCACCCUCGCUUGACUAGCAACGCGCCGGCUGUGUGGCGAGUCCUGCUGAGGCUGUCUAGAGUACAAGCUGUCCGUCACAACAUUUACUGCAGGCGCGAACAUAAGAGAAGCGGAAAGCGCGAUGCCGGUCGGAAGCACUGGCCGCCUUCGAGGCGCCGAUUCAGUCCGAAGGCGACAACCACUCCGUUGCGUUCUAGGCGCAAUAUCUGGAAUGUCGUUCCCUUCUCGCUUCGAAAAGAGGAACGUCGUCGCGAGUCUCGGCCGCCAUCGUCCUUCCGCCUGAACCAAAUCCAGUCCGCCGUGUGCAGCUGGCACUCGUCGCGAACUUUCCUGUCGUCUACGAUCGAGAAAAGGCUCUUUUCUCUGCCAGGAAAGCGAGACAACGGAACUCGCCACGAGCGCGGUUGCACAUCUCGAGCCCGCGUGUUCCAGGUGGACGUACAGCCCGGCACUUCGCCAGAUUCAGCGAUUCCGUUGUUGGGUUUCCUUUUCAGUCUCGGUGGUGUCUCCUAAGGAAGAGUGAGCGUUUUCGCAAUUUGCUAGGAACUGGAACUCUGCUGUUGGAAGCGCAAAGCAAGCCGUAGCGGCAGAACAGCUCUUUUUGAGCAGAGGCGUCACGCGUCUGCGAAAAGCUUCGAAAUUCCCAAACUCUCCAGAGGGCGCCGCGUGUGUCUCGCUCUCCCUCUUCUUUCGCGACUUUUGACAGCACUGGCCUGGCGGCCUUUAUACACGUCAGCACCUUCGCCUUUUCUCGUCCAUGUAGAAGCCGCGCAUGCUUGGUUCUCUUCUUGUUUCCAAACGCCUCCUCUGCAUCUGUUUCUCUAAACCUUCUUACGAAAAAAAAAUUCUCUCUACUCUUGCCGCCUCCUGCAUCUCCGCGCCGCCUCGCGCUUUGUGCAGAACUCGACGAGGUGGAGCGCUGGCAGCAGCGGAAGCUGACACAUGCUUUUUUCUGAUUUUUCGGUUUUCUCCCUUCCGAAGCGCAAGGCAGGAUGGUUUGGAGGCGGACGAAGGCGAAGGGCUGGAAACCGUCGGCUGGUGUGGAGCGCAAAAAGUCGACGGCCGACCGAGACACUCGCGGCCGCCACCUCGUCCGCUCUGGAGCCUCCAGUCUCGGCGGAUGCGCGGCCUGCGAGUUGUGGCGGGGAAAGACAGACAGGGAGGCGGAAGAAAGGCGAAUCGAGCCCUACGCUCUGCAGAAAUCCGACAAAAGCUGUGUGCAGACGCUGCUUCGCGCCGGCGCUUCUGUCAAAAAGGAAAAAACGCGACCCAACCACGGGGAAGGCGACACAAGUCCCACCGCGUCUGGCAGCGCGUGUGUCAGGGCACAGCGGGGUGUUCAGGCAGCGUCCUCUCGGUUGGCACACCAGGAAUCCUCAGGUUCACUUCCGCUGAUUAGCUUUUUCUCAAGCGGCGCCGCGAACGCAACUGCAAGCACUUCUCUUUGGCAGAGAGAAACGCCCGAAACAGCGCUCGAGACGCCUCCAUUCCUCCUUUCUGCAGCGAGCAGAGGCUGCCCUCGCUUCGGGUGUAUGGACACCUCGCAAGUGUGUCAGCGCGGCCUCGACUUGAGGCCGUCGUGCACUUCGAAAAAAGUGGAUUUUCGCAGGUUCGCCCCGGCUUUUUGUGGGCAGAACGCCACAGCGGAGCUUUUCUCUUCAGAGGGAAAGUGCGAAAAACUCAACCGUGUGCCUCCUCGCCCUCCACAGGCAGCUGCAGACGCUUCCGCGCACCGUCUUGCGAGUGUCCACGUGCCCUUUUCUCGCGUUUCUUCGCCCUGUCUUCAGCAACUCUUUCCCUUUGACGCUUCCGCGUCCUCUCCUUCUCGAUUUGCUUCCCUCUUGGCCGCGACCGCGUCCACCGAACUGCCAAGUGCCUCUCCAGCGCUUGGCGAAGCGACAGUUCCCAAACGCCGCUCUCCUUUUGCUCCCUCUCUGUCGCGGCAUUCCUCCGUUUUUCUUCUCUCUCCAACAGUGACGCUCCUGGCUCUUCUCUUCUGCCUGCUGGCUUUCUGUGCCUUCUCUCGAGGCCUCUCCCUUUCCCCCGCAGAGGCCUCGCCACUCGCGCCUCCCGCCACACGCAUGCGCCCCUCCACCUCUCAACUCUGCCUGCGUUCUGCUCUUCCUCCCUCUCUGAGAGGCAAGGACUGGUGCUCGCAUGCGCAGCAGAGACGACUCGACCCUCUCGCUUUCGACGAGAAACCUCUCGCUGCCGUCUCCUACGUCUCUUCUUAUCCGCGCUUCUGCCUUCCCGCCGCUGCGCCGCAGAGGAAGCUCUUCUCCUCACUGGCGUCUUCUUCGCUGCUUCCUCCGAUCCCCUGGAUAGCUGCAGCCAUCGGUUCUGUCUCCCGUCUCUCGCCGUCGCCUCUCUGCGCCGCCUUUGCAUCUGCUGCCACUGUCGCCGCAAGCACGCCGCAGUCUCUGGGAAGCAAAAUGACGAACGCGACGCCUGCUGAGGCCGCUCCUGUCGGAGCGAGCGGCUCCGUUACCGCCACGGAGACGCAGCAGCAACUUGAGGGUAGCCACGUGGUGCUCAAGCCGACCAAACAACCCGUCGAAAAACACCGCCUCGACUAUAAGCCGACCGACUUCCUCAUCGACUUUGUCGACCUUGACUUCGACCUCUACGAUGACAGGACCAAGGUGACGUCAACUCUAACGAUGCAUCGCCGAGAGCAGACGCCUCCGACAGAUCUCGUUCUCGACGGAGAAGAUCUCGAACUCGAGUCGGUGGAGCUGGACGGCAAUGCGCUGUCGAUGCACUCGACAGAGACGCAGAAGGCAGGCGACAAGCGCGUCUACUCGCUCGACGUCGACGGCCGGCUGGUGAUCGCUGCGGAUCUCCUUCCCCAAGAAGCCGAGAAGAAAUUCAAGGUCAAAACUGUAGUGUAUGUCAGGCCGAAGGAGAAUCUGCAACUCAUGGGUCUGUACAAGUCCGGAGCUCUUCUCGUCACUCAAUGUGAAGCUGAGGGCUUCAGGCGGAUCACCUACUUCCUGGACCGUCCCGACGUCAUGUCGCUGUUCAAGGUUCGCCUGGCGGCGGACGAGAAGGCAUGUCCAGUCUUGCUGAGCAACGGCAACAUGGUGGAGUCUGGAAAAGUCGAGGGUGAAAAAGGGAGACACUUUGCGGUCUUUGAGGACCCCUUCCAGAAGCCUUGCUAUCUUUUCGCUCUCGUCGCGGGCGACCUCAAAUCGAUCAGCCAGUCCUUCACCACCAUGAGUGGGAGAAACGUGAAGGUAUCGAUUUUUUCCGAGCCGGAAGACAGCAGCAAGUUGACUUGGGCGCUGGAGAGUGUACUGAAGUCGAUGAAAUGGGAUGAGGAGCGCUUCGGCCGGGAGUACGACCUGGAUGUCUUCAACGUAGUCUGCGCGAAAGAUUUCAACAUGGGCGCCAUGGAGAACAAAGGCCUGAACAUCUUCAACGCAGCGCUUCUCCUCGCCGAUCCUUCAACCACCACAGAUGCGGAGUACCAGCGAAUUUUGAAUGUCGUUGGUCACGAGUACUUCCACAACUGGACUGGCAACCGUGUGACCUGCCGAGACUGGUUCCAGCUGACUCUGAAGGAAGGCCUGACGGUGUUCAGGGACCAGCUGUUCACGGCGGACAUGUGCUCGGCUGCAGUGAAGAGAAUCGAAGACGUUGUCUUUCUGCGGAGUCGGCAGUUCGCCGAAGACAGCGGACCGAUGGCGCACCCGAUUCGACCGGAGACGUACAUCGCGAUGGACAACUUCUACACCGCGACUGUCUACGACAAGGGAGCAGAAGUCAUUCGCAUGUACCAUACGUUGUUGGGCGAGGCAGGCUUCCGGAAAGGGAUGGAUUUGUACUUCAAACGUCACGACGGAAAGGCGGUGACUUGCGACGACUUCCGCGCGGCGAUGGCCGACGCGAACGGCAGAGAUCUGGGCCAGUUCGAGAGGUGGUAUUUGCAAGCUGGAACUCCUGAAGUGACAGUUUCAGAAGCUGUCUUUCAGCCGGACAGAAAGAAGUUCAAGUUGACGCUCAAGCAGCGCACACCGCCGACUCCUGGACAAGUGGAGAAGCAUCCUUUUCACAUUCCUAUCAAAGUUGGGCUGAUCGGGAAGACGAGCAAAAAAGAUAUUCUUUCGCCUCCCACAAAGGUAUUGGAACUGACGGAGGCGGAGCAGACGUUCGAGCUGGACGCGGCGGAAGACUGCGUGCUGUCUUUUCUGCGGGAUUUCUCUGCGCCCGUCAAAGUGAAGCACGAGCAGACCGACGAAGACAUCGCGUUUUUGAUGGCUCACGACUCCGACGACUUCGCCAAGUGGCAGGCAGCGCAUACGCUGGCCUCGGGGCUGCUCAAACACCGUGCGGAGCAGUGGAGAGAAAAGCAGGGUGAAGACGUGGAGUUCGCGCGCCUCCCGAAAAUCUACGUCGAGGCGUUCAAGCAAACGCUUCUGGAGCAGGGAAGAGACAGAUCCAUUCAGGCGUACACGCUGCGUCUUCCCGACCGCGACGGAGUGGCGCAGGAGAUGGAACCCAUCGAUCCGUUGGCGUUGAAGGAAGCGACCGAGUCUGUGCGUCGAGAGGUCGGCCAGCUGCUGAAGAGUGAUCUCCUCAAAGUCUAUGCGAGUUUGUCUGCGCCUGAAUCUGAGGCUGAAGAGAGCCGAGACCAAUCGGAGGUUUCCAGACGUCGCCUGCGGAAUGUGAUCCUCUACUUCCUUACGGGCGAGAGAGACAAAGAGGCGGCAGCGCUCGCGAUGAAUCACUUCAAAUCUGCAAAGGGCAUGACGGAGAAAUAUGCUGCGCUGUCGAUUCUCUGCGACAUCGAAGGACCCGAACGGACCGCCGCUCUCGAGCAGUUCUACAGAGACGCGAAGGGAGAUCCGUUGGUUCUGGACAAGUGGUUCGCGGUGCAGGCUUUGUCGGAUGUGCGGAACGUGACGGAGACGGUGAAGGAGCUGCAGAAGCACGCAGACUUCACCGCGAAGAAUCCGAACCGGCUGCGAGCGUUGAUUUUCUCGUUCACGAGAAAUCCGCAGUUCCACAACAAGGAUGGCGCCGGCUACGCGCUCCUGGCGGACUCCGUCCUCGCAGUCGAUCGCUUCAAUCCGCAGAUCGCUGCACGCGGCGCGGGGGCUUUUCUGCAGUGGAAGAAAUACGACGAAACCCGACAGAGGGAAAUGCUCAAGCAGCUGAGGAGAAUCGCGAACGCUCCUGGGCUGUCUGUCGAUACACUGGAAAUCGUCCAGAAGGCUCUCGCAGGCGCCCCCGAGGAAGCGACUGCCUAGGCGCCGAGACAGCAGACAGAGACACUCCCCUGUACGCAGGAAAAUCCUGAACGUGAUUCCUGCGGGGAGGAGCUCCUCGACAGAGAGGAUUUGUCUGUGUGACUGCUGGGCGUCUCUCCACCCUAAUCCGGAAAGCCGAGGGGAUGCGAGGAAGUGCAAAAGAAGCGAAGUGGAGAAAAACAACGAGGCGAAUGCAGGAGAGUCCGAGGGAGAGGAGAGUCCGAGGGAGAGGAGUGACUGUGGGGACAAAAAGGUUGAACCAGCGAGGCGAGAGAUGGCUUCUGGUUGGGAAGAGAGGUGUUCAGGACGGGAGGGGGAAACGGGCGAGAAACAGGGAGAAGAGAGGAGAAAGGAAGAUCAAAGAUGAGGAAGAACAGCUGUUUGCUUGGUUGCGUGUCUGCCUACGUUCUGUGCUGCGUUUGUGCGUCCGUUGAUCGACCGUUGAUCGUAGUUUUACGUGGACGUUAUCAUCCUUGGUAGACACUGACACGCUGGAGCUCUCCUGAUGCGUCUUGCGAACGAAGCGCGGAAAGGCGCAGGCGAUUCA